CUCGACGGGCUCAUAUUUAGUAAUAUUUGCUCUGGAAUCUAUCUUUCUAGUAAUAAUGUGCCUUAGUAAUCACGGUAGCGACUCUCUAUUUCUUCAAAUUACCUUACAUAUUUGUGGCCAACUAAAAAUUCUAAAGGCCAGUUUUAUGAACUUUGAUGCAACAGGUCCGAAAGUUGACGAACGUUUUAAUGCAUUAAUUUUACGACACGAUCAUUUGAUACAAAUGGCCAGAAAGCUUGCUGAGAUAAUUAGUUUUGUUUUAAUAAUACAACUAUUUAUCAGCAGUAUGCUUAUAUGUAUAGUAGGAUUUGCAUUUAUUAUUGCGCUGACAACCAACGAUUUUGGUAUGAUGUCAAAAAGUUUUAUGGUGCUCAGUGCUUUUCUAGCACAGUUAACAGUAUAUAGCGUUGUGGGAGAUUAUUUAAAAUCUCAAAUGGAAGAAGUCGCAUUAUCUGUUUAUCAGUGCAAUUGGUACAAUCUUCCUACAAAAGUGGCAAGAAAUGUAGUCUUUAUCAUGAUGUGGUCCCAACUUCCAGUUAAGCUACAAGCUGGAAAUUUUAUUGUUGUAGAUCUGGGAACUUACAUGAGCAUUUUGAGAACUUCUGUUUCGUAUUUGUCCGUCCUUCGAGUAAUGCUAGACACAUAA